AUGAAACCUCUAUCCAGGUCACCUUUACAGUAUAUUGUUUCUGUAACUGGUGUUGUGUGCUUAAUACUUUUAUCUUCACAUUUGAAUUUCUUCGAGAAUCAGCAAACUCUUCCAGCAGAAGAUGGAGCUCAAAAUGCUCAAAUCUUUCCCUUAAAGAAGGUCAACACAGAGUCAGCAAGAACCGAAGUGGUAGACCUUAUCUGUAUCCUUUGUUCAAGUACAAAGAAUGCUGAAUUGAAUGAAGAUGAAAGACAGUUUAGACAAGCAGUUGUGAUGCUCAAGUCUGCUGUGCUUUACACCCAGAGGCAGUUACAUUUCCAUUUCAUUGGUGACAACAAUGAAACAUUUAAUCGUUUAGUUCAAACUACAAGUAGUUGGCCAGAAACCUAUAGUAUUAAGCUAAAAUUCUCCCUCACCAAAGUUUGGUAUCCAGAGGGAAGCGAGGACUUGAGAGUUCGAGGAACUGACUGCGCUACUGAGCUCAUGUUUGUUCCAGACAUACUUCUAAACUUAAAAAAGGGAAUAUUUAUUGAUACUGACACCAUCUUCAUGCGUCCAGUUGAACAACUUUGGGAUGAGUUUAAUAACUUCCAUCAACAUGAGAUUGCUGGGAUAACUAUCUGCAGACCAAUUUACUUUUUUGUAAAUGUGCCAUCAUAUGGAGUGAAAGGUUUAAACUCUGGAGUUGUACUUCUUGACUUAGAUAGAAUACGAAAAACAGAAAAAAGUUGGACAAACACCAUCCUUGCAAUCUAUAAUAAAUACAAGAAAAAAAUGAGAUUGGGAGAUCAAGAUCUCUGGAACAUUUACUUCAACAAAAACCCUGAAAAGCUUUAUGAUCUAAAUUGUACUUGGAACUACAGAGAAGCAUUCUGUAAUGAGGGUAUAAAUACUUGUUCUUCUGCUGGGGAAUCAGGAGUAUCUAUUCUACAUGGAAAUGCACAACAAUUUGUAAAGGGUGCUGAGAUGAAAUUGCAGAGUAUAUUUGAAACCUUUGAAAUAUUUGAAUUGAACAGCUGGACACCUGAACAACUUGUGCAACAGGUUGAACAAGCCCUUGCUAAG